GAUACUCAUAUUUCUUUAAGGCCAUGGUAGGAUGCAUUGGCUGAGCCCCAUUUGCUGCCCGCUGCAGAGCACCCCUCGUCCUGCUGGUUCCAGAGCUGGUCCCAGUUACCUGUGGUGCAGCCACUGGAGAACUGGAGAGCCAGGGCCAACCAUUUCCACUUGGUCAAGUUCAGCCUGGUAAUAAAACUGAAGCGAGUAUUUCUAUACUGUUUUUAAUGUUUCUAUAAUGCGUUAUUAAUGGAAACGAGCUCCAGGAAGUUAUUUAUUAGUCUCAAGUCCCUCUUCUGCUCCAGGUUUUAUGCAGAAGUUUUUGCCCGUGGGUUUUUUUCCUCCCCCAGACCUUCUCUAAACCAUUUCAUCUGUGCUCUCUGUUUGACCAAAGUCAAUUUAGUGAAGCUAAUGGAGUUACUUCUCUUCAGGUCAGUGAUGAUUUCACAUCCUCGAGUUCCUUGCUUAAUUUGCUGUGAAAAUUUCCAACGCUGAACUCAGUUUUCAGUUCCCCCCUUUCCACAGCACAGCCCUGGGACCGUGCACGGGACUCGCCGGCGGUGGCUGGACCUGGGGUUUCUCCACUUCUCUGCUCUUAUCACAUUGUGUUUACUUUCCUUUGAGGGAAGUUUAGCAGCAGGCUCGAGUCUAAUCCUUCCUUCCAGCUGGAGCCUUCACUUUAAGGGGAAAGCCAGCAGCUCUCAGGAAAGAGUUAAGCCCAGCGAGGCUUUGGGAUCCUUUGCUGGGGAGAGGGCUGCUCUUUUGUUUGUUUUGAAGCGCCGUCAGGAAAGUGGGGAGGAGAAAAUUACCUAAGUGAUAGUGAGGUUGCCAUGAACUAUAUAAAACAGUGGAAUCAAAUCGGAGAAACUCCACCUCGCAGCCUUGAACCAUAAGCACAACCCCUGAAGAGAAACCCACCCCACAACCGAGUGAUCUCAAAGGCUUGAACUAAAACCAAGCUACAUGAGCUCAGAGCUGCUGCAGGACUGAAAACCCGAGAGCUGUCACAACCAGAUCCAGCUUUAGCGGGAGCUGCGAGCCGGAAUGCUGUUCUGGGGAAGUUUAAAAAUGAUGAAGUGGAGGCAGCUUUUCUGGAUUGCGUUCUGUGUUGCGGAGUUGUGCGGCAACACUUGUGGGAGCCCAACAGACACCCCCACAACGACAGCCGUGGCCAUGGGGACAAAAGACACCAGCAGCACGGGAGCCCUCGGAACCCCCGGAACGCCCAGCACCACCAAGCUGACACCAGAGACGACUGAUGCAGCCGGGUCCCUGGCAACCAACCCCACCUCCCAGGGGCUCAGCACUGAGCAGACAAGUCUGCAUCCCAGUCAAGCCCCCACGCAGCCACUGGGCACCCCCUCGGAACCAAAUCAGACGAGCCAAGGAGUGCCCACAACCGAGAGCCCAGCGACAGGACCCAGCACGAUGGCAGAAACCCUGGGGUCCACGCCAGCUCUGACGAGCUCUCCUGCCACCUCGGGGCAUUCUCCCAUUGCAGCUGCCACCACGCCACUGCAGAGAGUCACGGACAGCCCGAAGAACAUCACAUGCCACAAUGUCAAAGAAGUGAGUGACACCGGAGCCAUCUGCUUGCAGCUCAACGAGUCCUACACUUGCAAACACUUUUUAGAGAUGAAGGGAUCAGACUUAUGGAGCGCGAUAUGUGAAAACAGCACCCACCGUGUUCCCUCCCCCUGCCAGAUUAAACUGGCCAAGUCUGAGGUGGACCGUGACUGUAUGCUCCUCAUCCUCGUCGGUGAGAGAGAUCCUGCUGCAGACAUGCUCCAGGAGUCUCACUGGGAAAAGUUUGGAAUAAAAUCCGUUAAACGGGGGAGCGUGAGGAGCCACCAGGACUUUUCUCAGAAGACCCUGAUCGCCUUGGUCACAUCUGGACUCAUGCUGGCGUUCCUGGGCUUGGCUGGCUACUUCCUGAUGAAGCGGCGGAGCUGGAGCCCGGCGGGAGAGAGGCUGGCUGAAGACCCGUAUUACACGGAAAAUGGUAGCCAGAGAAACACGAUGUUGAUGAUGCCCCCCCAAGAGCAACCUGAGCUGCAGGAGAAGCCAAACCUCAACGGUGGGACUCAGGAGAACGGGACCGGCCAAGCAUCCUCCAAAACCAGCCACUCAGCCAGGCAGCACAGCCCCGCCGACACCGAGAUGUGAACCCGCACAGAAGGGGCUUCCUGAGCGUGAACUAUGGGGAGCAGAGAGACGAGGGAGGGCAAGAGUUUUCUAUGGACAGCUAGGGAAUUGCAGACCUUUUUUUUAUUAUUAUUAUUAUUAUUAUUAUUAUUAUUUUUGUGAUGAACUUCAAAGAUCAGCCUAAAGCACAUUAAGCACCAGAUCUGACAAAGACCUGCUUCUCUGCCUCCUCCUGCUUCUCCCACUGACCACACAAGACACUUUUUCGCAGCUGUUCCCUGCUUUUGUUGUUAGAAGAACAUAAUGAGAACCGCAAGUGCCCUUAGCCCUGAACAGCUUUUAAGCAGAGGCAGACUGAAGCUACAGAAGCCCUGAGCCAGACUCCAAACAGCCAGAAUUAUUGGUGGCAGUGUGUUAGGCUGAUUGAAAUAGUUAAAUUGGGAUUUCAGUGACAAAAACCGCUCAGGUUUCAGAUAAUUUUGGUUAACGGAGUUAUUUUAUAUCUCACCUCUAUGUUUAAGUGCAGGAUCUCUUCCUCUUUUAAGAUCACCAGGCAUUUAAUCCUCCUCCUUGUGCUUUAGGUCUUUAGUAUUUCCUUACUCCAGCAGAAUUUGCUGAAGCUCUGUGUAAAAUUUUUCCACGCAGAAUUGAAAUGUGAACAGACCUCAAACUUGUUUCUUUUUCAAUCCUACUAGUAGUCGGUUUAGAGUAAAAAUCUUCCCCAGUCUCUUCACGUCAGGGACUGGAGAUGGCGUUUGACAAGGCAGAGCCAGCAAUCACUCCCCUGAGAUGGAGAAUGUUUGCUGUGGUUGGAGAUUGGCUUUGCAGAGCCCUGGGGUUAGCAGUGCCCCCGCCUCCUCCCGACACGUUGGGGCUAGUGCCUAGGGUAGGACUGUGGGGGGUAAGAGAUGCUCCCAGUGGGGUGAGUGCUAGACAGAAACCUGGCUCUGCUACUGUUGUUCCUCCCUCUGCAUGAACAAAGUUAAGUAUUUUUUGGCUUUGGUCAGCACCAAAAUCCCAACAGCAGGAGCAGGUCCCACCUAGCUCUGCACUGAUCCUGCUCCUGAGGCAAGGGGUGCCACAAGCCACAUGGCUGAGGGCGAGCCACAGGCAGCUCGGUGAGAGCCCAGGGGGAGGUUUGUGCUCCGUCCCGAGCAAGCGCAGCUCACGUUUUGGGAGCCAAAGCUCUUGUUGUGCAAGGCCGGUGGUGGUGGUGCGAGACCACGAGACAGACACUGGUCAGACCACAACCGCUGCUGGCACCAGCAGCGACCUUCACGCCCGAAAUAAGGGCAGAAAUGGCCCUUGAAGCUGAUGUACCCUCUCACUGGUGAAUUUACUGCGAUUUUUUUUUGGUACAGUGCUUAAAGGAACGACAGCAACAUCCGUCAUCAUCAUCUGGGGCUGUUUUCACGGGCGCAAGAGCCAUUUAACCACAGUUUAAAAUAUUGCAGGUUUUGUUUGUUUUGGUGUGAAUCGCUUCUCCCAAAUCUCAUUGUAAAUAAUCCCAGUUGGUAAAAAAAAAAAAAAAAAAAA